CUCGUCGCCUCGCCUUUCUCCCUCCUUGCGGGAUUCCACACAGCUUUGAGACCCUUUCUUGCCCCUUGUCGUCGCUUGUCUCUCUUGUUGUUGUUACUCUUGUUGAUCUCCUCCCUCCCUUUCUCUUUCUUACUCUCGUGGACUUUUGGCUUUCUCCAACUCUCAAAUCGUCACGGCCACCCCCGCUCAUACUGCCAUCAUGGCGGACUACAAUUAUGGAGGUUCCGAGGAGGAGAAUGCGGAGUUGAGGAAGCUCGAGACUGAAUUGCUCGAUGACCCGGAUAAUUUCGAGACCUGGGAGAAGCUCGUUCGCGCCGCAGAGGCCUUGGAGGGUGGCAUCAACCGCAACUCCAACCCCCAGGCCAUCACCACCGUGCGCAAUAUCUACGAUCGCUUCCUGGCCAAGUUCCCUCUCCUGUUCGGAUACUGGAAGAAGUAUGCCGAUCUGGAAUUCUCCAUCACCGGAACCGAGGCUGCAGAUAUGGUCUAUGAGCGUGGUGUUGCUAGCAUCUCGCCCUCGGUUGAUCUGUGGACCAACUACUGCUCCUUCAAGGCAGAGACUUCGCACGAUGCCGACGUGAUUCGAGAGCUUUUCGAACGUGGCGCGAGCAGUGUCGGCCUAGACUUCCUAGCACACCCCUUCUGGGAUAAGUACAUCGAGUUUGAGGAACGCGUGGAGGCCGUUGACAAGAUCUUCGCUAUCUUGGGCCGAGUCAUCCACAUCCCCAUGCACCAGUAUGCUCGGUACUUUGAGCGGUAUAGGCAGUUGGCGCAGACUCGGCCUGUGGCCGAAUUGGCAGCGCCCGAGACGCUAUCGCAAUUCCGUGCCGAGCUCGACGCAGCUGCUGGACAGAUUGCCCCUGGCGCAAAGGCAGAGGCUGAAAUCGAGAGGGAUUUGCGACUGCGCGUUGACAGCCACCACCUCGAAGUAUUCUCCAAGACUCAGACCGAGACCACGAAGCGUUGGACUUAUGAAUCAGAGAUCAAGCGUCCGUAUUUCCACGUUACCGAGCUGGAUGAAGGUCAGCUGUUGAACUGGAAGAAGUACCUGGACUUUGAGGAAUCCGAGGGAUCUUACGCUCGCACCCAGUUCUUGUAUGAGAGGUGUCUCGUAACAUGUGCACACUACGAUGAGUUCUGGCAGCGUUAUGCUAGAUGGAUGGCCGCUCAGCCCGGCAAAGAGGAGGAAGUGCGCAUCAUCUAUCAACGUGCAAGCUGCUUGUACGUGCCCAUUGCAAACCCGGCAACGCGUCUUCAAUAUGCCUACUUCGAAGAGAUGAGCGGUCGUGUGGAUGUUGCUAAGGAUAUUCAUGAUGCCAUCCUGAUCCACCUUCCCAACCACGUUGAGACGAUAGUCUCCUUGGCCAACAUGUCGCGUCGCCAUGGCGGACUGGAAGCUGCCAUUGAAGUAUAUAAGACGCAGCUCGACUCGCCACAGUGUGACCUAGCCACAAAGGCAGCUCUUGUUGCCGAAUGGGCCCGGCUCCUGUGGAAGAUCAAGGGUUCGUCCGAAGAGGCCCGCCAGGUCUAUCAAAAGAACCAGCAGUACUACAUGGAUAGCCGCCCCUUCUGGACGAGCUAUCUCCACUUCGAACUUGAACAGCCCACCAGUUCUUCGACUGAAACCGUGCAAUACGAGCGUAUCAAGCAGGUCGUCGAUGAAAUCCGCACCAAGAGUUCCCUACCGGCUCCGGCAGUGAGGGAGCUUGUGCAGCUGUACAUGGUCUACCUGCUCGAACGCGGCACCAAGGACGCUGCCAAGGAGUAUAUGACUCUAGACCGGGAGGUCCAUGGGCCUGCGUCCGUGUCGCACAUGCAGGCCGCUGAAGUGGCAGCACCAGCCCCUGUGGUAGCCACCCCGGUGGCCCCGGCGACGGCGGAAGUCGUCGUCCCCACGCCCCAAGCCAAUGCUUAUGCUGGUUACUACCAGCAGACGCCUGUUAACGGUGACGCGUGAGUGUUUUCUCAGACUCAUUGUUUCGAUCUGAGCUUGCCGAAGCCCAGGUCCAUUAACUUCUGAUAUCCCUCUUACGGUGGUUGGUUUUCCUUUCCCGUUCCAAGCCGGCGAUGGCUUGUCGAUAUGUAGAACAAAUAGCCCCCAUUUAUCCCCCGAUCUCCUUUUAUUGAUUAUGCAGCUUUCAGCGACUCUGGCGUGUUGAGUGAGGGAGGAGCAAAGUCAUCUAUCUAGCCGGAGCAAUCGAAUCUGCCUGCUCCCGGACUGCUUCCCAACGAAUUUCAUGUGAACUGGUUGGGUGGAUCUUAUGAAUUGGACACAGUCUCCAUUGUACUCUAAUGCGUAGGUAGCUUCCUUUA